AAUACAGCUUCCUGAUGUGGAUGUGAAAAUAGUGACUGGAGAGACAGUGUCGGUGUCGGUCUUAUUUCACUGCAACACCUGAUUUAUUCCAGCCCUGUAAUCCAGCUACGCUUUCCCGUAUUUGCAAAUGACGAUGGCGGAUGACACGGAGGAUGUUGAGCUGGACUUUACUGCUGACGAGCAGGAGAGGGCGCGGAGAAGUGCAGUCAUAAGACAUCCCCUUGCCUCCUUUUUCCACCUGUUCUUUCGGGUGGUUGCCAUUGUUACCUAUUUGCUCUGUGACUGGAUCAGCGAGAACUUUGCAUCAUGUUUUGUCCUGAUCAUCACUCUGCUCUCCUUUGACUUCUGGUCUGUCAAGAAUGUGACUGGCAGGCUGUUGGUCGGCCUGCGCUGGUGGAAUCAAAUCGACGAAGAUGGAAAGAGUCUCUGGGUGUUUGAGGCCAAAAAAGUAUCCCGCGGCAAUAACAUUGGGACAGAGGCAGAGGCAAGGAUAUUUUGGCUGGGUCUCAUCAUCUGUCCUCUUAUAUGGACAUUCUUCUUCUUCACCUCCCUCUUCUCCCUGAAGAUUAAAUGGCUGUCACUCGUGGUAGCUAGUAUUUCCCUCCAAGUGGCUAAUCUCUAUGGUUACCUACGCUGCAAGGCGCUGGGAGAGGACGGCCUGCCUGCAGACUCCCGCUCUUUCAUGGGACAGCACCUUCUGCAGCGUCCAGACAUCAUCUUUGGAAUACUAUGAAGAUUACCUCCUCCUGUACAGCCACUCUGCCGUGUUUCUGUGUGUGAUCGAGAGAGAAAAAAAGACAGAUGAGAGCUUCCUCCAAAGUUCCUACAAACUGUGUCUACUUGAAUGGCUGUUUGCCUCAUGCAUGCCUUAUGCUACUGACUGUUCACUUCACAUGUUGCCCAUGGAUCAGUCUGGCUAUUAUGUUAAUAAAAGAUAAGUGCAUUUUACUUUUUUUAAAAAUUA